AGCGUGAAAGUCGUUACGUGGAAUGUUGACUUUAAUAACAACCACGAGAUGGAACGACUCAAUGCUUGUCUGCGACAUCUUGAGAGAGACGUGCUGGGAUGUAAAGACGGCGAAGCGCCCGCGGAGCCGUGCGUCAUUUUGUUGCAGGAAGUAAAGGAACAGAUGAUACCGCACCUCCUCCAAGACGAGUGGGUGCGGCAGCACUUUAUGGUUACGCCGAAGACGAAGGACAAGUGGCCCAAGGAUGCGUACUACGGGAAUAUUACUUUGGUGUCGAGGGAUUUGACGGUUGUGAAGGCGCAGAUAUUGCAUUACGGAUACUCGACCAUGCAACGCUCUGCGUUGGCAGUGUCUAUUGUCAUGGGGGUUCCUGAGUCUGGAGGGGGCGGGGAAACGGUUGUGUGCAUUGUCAACACGCACCUGGAGUCACUGCCUGCAGGAGCGGACGCACGGCCGAGGCAGCUACAGCUGUGUACACGAUUCUUGAAGCAGGAUUGGGUACAAGGCGGGAUGGUGGCGGGGGAUAUGAAUGCGAUUGGACCAUCGGAUGCGAUGAUCACGAAGGAGGUUGGGCUGAGGGAUGCAUGGAGGAAGGGGGAUGAGACUGGGUUCACGUGGGGGUAUCAAGGAGGAGGAAACUUUCCUCCGAAUAGGCUGGAUAAAAUGUUGUUU